GUAUUAUUAGUCUCUUAGAAAAAGACAAACACGAAAGGAAAAGGAAUUUAAGAAAUUGAAGAAUUGUUUCAAAAAGUAAACGAACAAAAAAUAAAGAAAAGGAGGCAGAAGAAGACUUUUGAGUUCCUCUUUCUUGGGUUGAUUUAUAGUCCUCAAAAUUUCAUAUUCAUUUAAAAACCCUAGCUUCUUCUUCACUCCUCCUUCUACUUCCGUUUCUUCACCCUUUUCCACCAUCGCCUUCACCUUCCAUUCACCCAAAUACUUCAUCGUACCUUUCACGUGAUCGAUAUCUGAGUUGCAAAAGUGGAUCCAAAACAUGGAAAGAGGCCACUUCAGGAAGAAGAAGAAGAAGAAGAAGAAGAAAAAGCGUUUCCGUUCUAUUUUUCUCGGUCUAAGCAAGACGUUUCAGCUGUGGUAUCAGCUCUUGUUGAAGUUAUUGGUGGCAAUCCACCGCCAAAAGAUCCAACAACACUCUCUCACUCCACUGCUGUUCACAGUAAUUCCGACGAACCAUCACAUCCACCACAACUCCAAGAUGCUCGCAAGGUGUUUGGUGAAAUUCAUGACUGGUGAUGUGGCUGUGUGCGAAGGAAACGCAAAAAGACAGUACAGAGGAGUGCGACAGCGACCGUGGGGGAAGUGGGCCGCGGAGAUUCGCGACCCGAAGAAAGCAGCCAGAGUUUGGCUCGGAACUUUUCCCACCGCGGAGGCUGCUGCACUUGCUUACGACGAAGCAGCUCUCAGAUUCAAAGGAACCAAAGCCAAGCUCAAUUUUCCAGAAAAAGUUCGUCUCUCAGGGGAAUUAGGUUACCUCACAAAUCGUCCACCGUCAUUGCAACCCUCUUCAACUCCCUUCCAAUUGCUUCCUCCUCACACUGCAACUAAUAAUGCUGCUCCCAUUCUUUGUUCCUCUUCUUCGCCAUCGUCUUCAACCUUUUCGAUCAACUCCGCGCCUUCUUCUUCUGAACCUCCAACCAAACAACAAAAACGUUGACAACUUCAAUAUGCAUCGUGUCAAGGAAAUAUUAGUCGAAGAAGAAUGUUGCAAGUUCAAACAAUUCAAGUGUGUAUUUUUAAAAUGUAUGACAUGAUAUGAUAUCAAUAAUGCGCAUGAAAUAAAUUAAUUAACUGUGUAUUGUCCGUCAAAUUUUGAUAACAAACAGCACACAAAUAGAGUAUUAGAGACUUGAGUUUCAAAUGGAUGAACGAAAGAAGGUAAGAGAAGUUGAGAAGCAGAAGAGGAUUGAAUA